AUGGGGGACUGGUACUUCCUUGGAGGCAUUCUGGAGGAAGUUCACAUCCACUCCACCAUGAUUGGAAAGAUCUGGCUCACCAUCCUGUUUGUAUUUCGAAUGCUUGUUCUGGGUGUAGCAGCUGAAGAUGUUUGGAAUGAUGAGCAGUCCGGCUUCAUCUGUAAUACCGAACAACCGGGCUGCAGAAAUGUAUGCUAUGACCAGGCCUUUCCUAUCUCCCUCAUUAGAUACUGGGUUUUGCAGGUGAUAUUUGUGUCUUCACCAUCCCUGGUCUACGUGGGCCAUGCUUUGUACCGACUGAGAAUUUUGGAGAAAGAGAGACAGAGGAAGAAAGCUCAACUGAGAGGAGAACUGGAGGGGGUUGAGUUUGAAAUGCCUGGGGAUCGCAGGAGACUGGAGCAAGAACUUUAUCAGCUGGAGCAAAGGAAACUAAACAAAGCUCCGCUUAGAGGAACUUUGCUUUGCACUUACGUGAUACACAUUUUCACUCGCUCUGUGGUUGAAGUUGGGUUCAUGAUCGGACAGUAUCUUUUAUACGGAUUUCAUUUAAAGCCUCUGUUUAAAUGCCACGGCCACCCCUGUCCAAAUAUAGUUGAUUGUUUUGUCUCAAGACCCACAGAAAAGACAAUAUUCCUAUUAUUUAUGCAAUCCAUAGCCACUGUUUCUCUUUUCCUAAAUGUUCUAGAAAUUUUCCACCUAGGUUUUAAAAAGAUUAAAAGAGGGCUUUGGGGACAAUAUAAAUUGAAGGAUGAGCAUAACGAAUUCUAUGUGAAUAAGUCAAAACAAAAUCUUGCCAAAUAUCAAAACACAUCUGCAAAUUCACUGAAGCAACCCUCUUCCGCAUCCGAUUAUAAUCUGUUAGUGGAAAAGCAAACACACACAGCAGUGCACCCUAGUUUAAAUUCAUCUGCAUUUCAGGCAGAUCCUGACAAUCACAGUGGAAACGAUGAGAAAUGCAUUUUGGAUGAACAGGAAACUGCAUUUUCUAAGGAGAUGUGCACAUUUAGUACUACCUGUAGUCAUCUUCAACACAUCGGCUCAACUAAUAAAGAAGACAUUCAUAAAAUAUUUGGAAAAGAAGUUAAUGGUAACCAGUUAAGGGAAAAAAGAGAAAUUGAUGGCAAAGACAGCAAAAGAAACGACUACUGUAGAGGUCACUGUCCUAUUCCAGGUGUUGCUGUAGAUCCGGACAACCACGCCGGGCAGUCAUCCCAAACAGCUUUCUCUCAGCCACCUAAUUGCACCUGGAAACCCAGGUGGCUUCGUGCUACAUGGGGUCCUGCUACAGAAGAUGAAAAACAGGCAUCACCUCCAAAAGGUACCAAUAUCAAGGGCCAGCUCAGAGAGGGCACAAUCAGAACCCUUCCUCCUUCACAGGGAGACUUCCAGCCACUUGACAUUCCAGACACUCCUGAUUCUUUGGAAGAGUUGUCCUUUGAAUCCAAGUCGGUCAGAACCUGCAACAAUCCUACUGCUUGUCCUCCGAAUCGCUUAGUGCUGCUGGCAAACAACCUCAGCGGGAGGCGGGCCCCCACAGACCUUCAGAUCUGA